UUCUUUAUGAUUUCUCCCUUUGUUUGUCUUCUGUUGAGAUGUUUGAGUCUGCAUUUUGGGUAUUAUAGUGCUUAAUUUGAUGAUCAUACGCAAAAGAAUUUGAAUUGGUUUGAUUGUAACUUUUUUUUUUUUUUAAUGCUACUUAUGACUUUUUUAAAUUGGCUAUGAAAUUUUAAUCCAAGAACUAAAAAGUUUCUUGAUCAAUAUGAUCGUAUGCUGUUUUUUUUCGAGAGGGGUGGUGAAAUUCAAGAAUAGAGGGUGAAUUGUACGUUAUUUAGAUUGUGUUAUCCGAAUAUGUUUCAAGGGUUUUAGUCAAUUGACUGAGAAGCCUGAUACAGUUUGUGUUAUGAAAGUUUCUGUUGGUCUAAUUGAUUAAAGAUGUGAACUUUGAUUUCGAGCUCAGCUCUGAAAUAAUCCAAGUUUGCUUCUGUUAUUGAUGUUAUAUUUUUUUAUGAUGAUUAUUCUUCUUUGAUAGAAUCUAAGCCAGUUUACCAUAGUGAAAAUUAUAAUGAACUAUCCCAAGUGACGAAAAAUGGUGCCAUUUAAUCAGAGGUGAAAUGCCUUUUAAUCCUUACAGUGGAAAUCUCUAGCAGCAUGGGAAACCCCAAAAUUUUCUUUUCAUCUUUUAGUGCACUGCUUAUUUUGUUUUGUACUUCUUACCCAGAAUUCUAGUUCUUCUUGGCAAUAAGGAACCUUCUGGUCUGUUAAGGGUGACUGUUUGAGCAAUUCUUGCAAAUAAGUAGUGUACUAAUUUUUGUUUCUAGUGGGAAGAUUUAUCUCUCUGUCCUUAUCUUUCUGCAGAAUGCAUUGUAGGUAUUUGCACGAGCAAUCUUUAGAAACAUAGAGUUUGGCAUAAAUAUUCUGGACUAAACUUUGAUUUUUUUUUUUCUUAUUUAUUUAAUUUUGGCAUAUUUGCCUAAAAAGUCCUAUGCAUUUUCAUCCUAAAAUAUGGUUAUCUUGUUUUGAAAUAGAAAUAAAUUCUCAUAUAAUGUAUGGAAGCUAUAGAGCAAAGUGUUGCUUUGCUAAUUGCAGUUUAGGCAAAUUUGGGGACUGAUACUUUAACAAUGAUUCCAUCAAUUAUUUGUAGCAUUCAGUUUCCACCAUAACAUAUAUACGGUGGUUGUUUAGUUAUUUUGCUAUCAGCUGAUGCUGCUAUGUUUCACGUUUUAAUGGGUACUCACGUAAACCAGAGAAAAGAAAAAAAAUAAAAAAUAAAGAGAAUACUUUAUAAAAUGGACUAUGCUCAAGGUGAAAAUUAGAAAUUUAUGAAAAAGAAUGCUGCAGCCGACUAUGUGAAAAAAAAUAAAUAAAUAAUUUUUCCUUAUGAAUGUUAUUUAGUGCAUGAUCCAAGUGAAGUUUCUGUGGUGCAUUUUCUAGAGGGCAUCCUUUUGUUCUAUAUAUUACUUGCUGCCUAAAGGUGAUUCAUAUUUAAUGACAUUUUCUCCUUGCUGAAUUUAGAUUGAAAUCAAGCAUAUAAGUAGAGACUGUGAGGAUUCUGACCAUAUUAUUGAUCGUGGAGCGGAAGCAAUCUUUGUCUGAGGUUUACAUAUGAUCAGUAUGGAUCUGAAAGGUAUAUCGUGGGUAGGUAAUAUUUACCAGAAGUUUGAAGCUAUGUGCUUGGAGGUUGAAGAAAUUAUGUACCAGGACACAGUUAAAUAUGUUGAAAAUCAGGUGCAGACAGUUGGUUCCGGUGUGAAAAAGUUGUAUUCAGAUGUCAUGCAAGAUUUGCUUCCACCAUCUUCAGAGGAUGCUACCAAAGGUGCAGUCUCUGACUUGCCUCUGGAGCUUUAUGCUGAUGUUGGUUUCUAUGUGAAGCCAAAAGUUGGUAUGAAGGAAAAACAUGUAGAGGUUGAUGAUAUGGAGAAAUUGACUGAGGAUGCAAAAAUGGCUACUGCUUACAAUUUUGGCCAUCCACCUCCUUUCCAGAGACUCAGUCGUACAGAUAAUCUAUUCCCACUAUCUGAAAGGGAUUCUGCUGGAGGUGCGUCAAAGCAAUAUGAUAAAGGAAGUCUGUCUGAUAAAUCAAAUCUGAGCAUCAAGAAAAUCUCUAAAAGGAAGAAUGUGCCCUUAAAUGAGAAAAUAGGGGCCAUAAUUCCUUUGGAGAAAGAUUUGACUAAACCAUCUUCAUUCCGUGAAGCUUCAUAUGAAAAUCAUCUAGGAUAUUCUGCUGGAGGAGCCUCAAAACGAUAUGGUGAGGGAUAUUUGUCAUCAAAUCUGGGUAUCAAUAGAAACUCAGAGAGGGAGAGUAUGUCCCCAGAUGAGAAAUCAAGACUCAGCACUCCUUUGGAUAAAGAUUUGACCAGAAUAUCUUCAUUCUUUGAACUUUCAAAUGAAAAUCAGAAGGCACCUUUGUAUCAGAGCACUAAAAUUACAACUUCAGAGUCUGUUGAAGUGAGAGAGCAUGACAUCAUAGAAGAAGAAAGUAAAAGCGGGAUUGAAAAUGCAAAUGAACUAAUGCCUGAUAUACCAGCACGUGGCUCAACAUCUGAUAUGGUAAAUGUAAUUGAAUCUGGCAUGAGAAAAGAAAUGGAUAUGAGACCUUCCUCCUGUGGCAGCUCAUUAGCAGAAGCCAAUGCUACAGAUGUUUGUAGUAAUCAUCGGGUAGUUCCUCUGGUGGAAGCUUGUGCAAAUGGGGAAGUACAGAGAAGUAAAAUUGCAUCUGAGGAGGAUUUUGAUUCUAAUUCAGGAUUGCUUGAUGACCAAAGUAAAGAUGUGAAUGAGGUUGAAACUUCUCUUGAAAAUGAGUUGGAAAUCAUCCAAAAUGUUGACAAAAUAAAGCUCGAGGAGUCUUGUAUUAUGGUGAAUGGAGAUGAAUUCAAUUUUGUUCCUCGCGUUGAAGGAAAAAGCAAGUCCUACAAGAAGAAGAUUCAGGAUGUUUUCUCCCCAAGAAAGAGGUCGAUGAGGAAGCAUGAGUAUGAGCAGCUAGCCAUAUGGCCUGGCAAUGAUUCAAAUUCCAAUCAAAAAGAUUUUGCCAAGAUUUCAAUACCAAGUCUUACCAUAAAUGAUACGAAGAAAUCCCUCUCAACUCCUGAUUUCUGCGAAUCUGAGUGGGAGCUUCUAUAAAUAGCUGCAAAACAAAUUUGUGUACAGAGUGACCAUUCAACUGCUUUUGCAUGCAGAUGGAGAUGAUUAAGAUGCUGUGCCAGAUGUUAAUAAUGCUAACAGCUUUCAAUUAUAGUCUCUUCGAACCCAUGUUUCUUUGGCAGUGAAGUUGAGAAAAUGGUGAAGAAGAAAUGGAUAUAUAUAUAUCGUCUGUAGUGGUGAAAAAUAUGAAUCAAAAAAUUUUUUUUUUAUCUAAUGGGAAUAUAAAAUUCCAUUCGCUACAAA